AUGUCUAUAUUACAGGUGUUGUUAUGUGUCUGCACAGUUCCAGCGGUGGUGAGUAUAAUAGUAACAGACUAUCCACCGACGAGCACAGAGUACAAUUAUUCGUAUAACGUCAUAGAUCUUGCUACUGGCGACGCAAAAACUCUGCACGAAAUAAGACAAGGAGACACUGUCAGCGGAUCAUAUUCCCUCAUCGACCCUGAUGGCACAAGGCGCACUGUCAAAUACACUGCUGGGCCCAAGACCGGAUUUAAGGCUGUGAUUCACAAAGAACCCGUGGCAAUGCCUCAAAUUGUCAAACACAAGGUACACAAAAUCACCAACCAUCACGCGCCAAUAUUUAUUGAACGUUUAGCCCCGAUUCCUUAUUGUCAAAAUAAAAAUAAAUUGCGACAAUCUACAUAUUCACCAUCAGCUAAUAAGUACAGUCGUUUAUACUUUACACCAGACAGCAAAAUUGAGCCGGAUAAACCAGAUUUUAAUAAAGGGGAAUAUUUUAUACCGAAUAAAACUUACUAA